AUGAAAUUAAUGUUUUUACACAUUUGCCUUUUAUGUUGUUGUAGCGGGUAUGUGACUGGAACGAAUAGUUCAAACAUACUUGAAAUAGAUUCUUUUAAUUUGCCUGAGAUUCGUUGUCCUUGUGGUCAUCACAUUACUGUCGUGGCUGCUCAUAUUAACUGUAACUCAGGCCAAUUGGAUGUUUAUGAAGAGGUUUGGGACCUCUGUGCAUAUAGAUCUUCCUGUAUGCUCAAUCCUUCAAUUUACAAACGAUGUAAUAAGUCUCCACACUUUGAAUUCGUUAAAUUCUCAUGCAUCAAAUGUAUCCACACACAUCUUUUACUUAGUCAUACCAGUUACGAUAUGUUAGGAUAUGAUUGUGGAUUAUUCUAUGGAGUUGAUAUGAAAGAUGAUGAGAUGUGUCAAAUGUUAUGUUUGAAUUAUGUUCGAAGUUGUACUUCUCGUUACGAUUUGGUACCGAGGGAAUACUAUCUAAAGUGCCUCUCAAAAAUGUUUCUCAGAAAUAAUGUAAAAGAAUGUGAAUUUUUGCCAGACUCCAAAAUGAAGGAAUUUGACUCAUUCAAACUCGAAUAUUAUCUUAAACCAAAAUAUAUAUUGGAGAGUGUGGAGAUCAAUAAUUAUGAAUGGACUGAAUUAAAGUAUAAAGAACCAAUUGAAAAUCCCAUUGUUAUUGUAUCACCAGUUCAAACUGUUGAUAAUGUUGUUGUAAUAGUCAAUAAUGUUACCCAAACAUCAGCUAAACUAAUCUUACAGUCUGUUGUCCCCAACAACAGUGGUGUUAGUAGAACAAAAUCCAUGGUGGAAGUAUUAAUAAUUACUAUUGGAAACCAUUCAGUAGAUUUAAAUAAGCAAAUAGUAGUAGGAUUAAUAGAAGUAAUGAGUGAUCAAUUUAUUAAAUUACCACUUGAUCCUUUGUUUGAUUGGGUCGUAGUACUUAAGAAUCAGACUGACGCUAUGGUAAAUCCAAUACUACAUGAGAAUAAUACUGUUAAAUUCUAUACUCAAGGGCCUGUGACUAGAGUCAAAUUAGGUUAUUUAGCGCUAAAUAAGUCGAAGGAUAAAUCUAUGUUAUUAUAUGAAAAUGAGCUUAAAUAUGAUCAAACGAAUGUUAAACAAGUAAAAUUAAGCCCAAACACGAGAUUAUUUGUCACUCCAAUAGAUAAACCAAAUUAUAAUACUGUUUACAAUAUAACAUUUACAGAUGGUUCAGAUGUAACAAAUAUUGUAUAUACUAAAGAGAAUACAAUAACAUUGAUAUCUCAUUAUAAUACAUUUUUAACACGUUUUAAAGUGUUAGACUCUGUGCCGGUGACGUUUAAUAUUAUAACACUGGAGAGUAGUGUGAUAAUUUGGAUUAAGAGAAUUUGCGAAUAUUCACGCCGUGUGAACUUGAUUAGUAAGCGUAACUGCUACCAUCAGUGUAUUAACUCUUCAUACUUGAAAGAUUGUCUUCAAGGCGAUACAAAUUAUUUCUUCACAUGUUACAAAAGUAAAUCUGAAAACUGUGAAAUCCUAAACCUGAGCUCACUAUUAAAUCUAAUCUUGAAAUAUAGAAAUGAUAUCCUAACACACUUUUUCAAUGCCAACACCAAUGUGAACAACACAAACACAGUUAAUAAAGUUGAUAGCAAUAAAAAUGUUGAUAAUACUGAUAGAGAUAAACCUACUGGUAAUGUAGUUGAUACUGUUAAAGUUAUUAAUACAAAUAAUGUAAAUAAACUUGAUGGUGGUAAUGGUACUAAUAAUUUGUUAACUGUGUAUUCGGAAUGGAGUGAUUGGAGUGAGUGUAGUAAGAUAUGUAAUGAUGAUGUUAGUAAGUCUAUAAAAGUUAGAAAACGAUUAAUUUAUUAUCCUGGACAGUCUGAUGCAGACCAAACCAUACAAGCUGUCGAAUGCCAUAAAGUCAUAAAUUGUAAUAAAUUAUGUUAUUAUCGUGUUCUAAACUCUAAUAAUGCACUUAAUACCAAUAAAACUGUCGAUAAUACUAGUCCAACAAUCAGUAAUAGUAAUAGUGAUAAAACAGUCGAGAAGGCAGUUAAAUACUUUUUUGUUUGGAAUGUUAAUUGUAUGAUGAAGAGGGAGAAGAUAGAUUUGGGGGGUAAACUAAUAAGUUCAGUAUCGAAAGUUGAUGAGAUUUUGGAAUAUGAUGAGAAUUGCGAUUUAGAUUUUAAUUAUUCAGCUUGUGAUACUCCACCUGGUAAGGGUACUGGAAAUAGACAUUUAUUAAUCAAUAUUAAAUGUCCCAAAACAACCAAACCUUGUGAACGACCUGACAAUAAUAAUGUUAAACCAGUUGAUAAUCGCGGGGAAAUGUGUUUGAUGUAUAAUGGUGAAUAUGAUGGUAAGAGUUGGGUGAAGAAUGGUAGCUGUAUAUGUCCUGAAAAUACAAUACCAUACCCACAUUUAGUUAUUCAUAUGAGAACCCAGAUUUACAGAUACGUAUAUAGUAUUAGUAUAAUUGAUAUAUUAAUGAAAAAUGUGAUAGGAAUUGGAAUGCAAGAAUAUAUAUCAUUAAGUGGGCAUGAGCGUUUGGUGGUUCCUUUAGGGUAUAUCAAGGUACCAACUUUUGACUUUUUUACAUCAGAAUCCCAACUUGAAAAUUACUGCUCAAAUGGUAAUAUUAACUAUUCAAAUGAUCAGUUAACAAACUCAACAGUUGAUGAUCAAUUGUUAAAUACAUCAGUUGGUAAUGAAUUACUAUAUGUAAGUUGUGAUAACGUAAUUUUAAGUGAAUUGAAAAUUUCUACUGGCUUGGAAAAGAGUAAUUUAUUUGAAAGUUGUAUAUCGAAAUGUAAAGAAUUGGAAAAAGAAUGUGAAAAUGAGAUUGAUAGAUUUAAGGAAGUUGAUAUGAUAAAGUGUUUAAAAGAAUUUGUAAAGGAAUCGAAUAAAUUUGAUGUAAUUGUGUUUAAAAAUUACUUUGAAAAACAAUAUAAAAAUGUAGAAAUUGAUGAGAUUAUUACUGUGAUACACUUAAUUGAUGCCAUAUGUAUUGAUGAUAAAUUAUAUAAUUUGUGUGUAACAACUCUUAAGAACAUUUUAAAUGACUGUAAAAACAUACUUAAUCAUGAUUUCCAAAAUAAGGUUAAAAAAUGUCUACACAAACGUAUGAAUGAAGAUCAAAGUAAGAAUGGAGUGGUAAAUUGUAAGUUUAAUAAAGAAAGAAAAAUUAUUGGAAAUGGUUUAGUUUAUUGUAAAGAAAUUACUUGUAAAUUUACUGAAUAUUCCAAAUGGAUUUCAAACCAAUCGAAUAAUAAUAAUCAGACUGAUGAAUUAUAUAAAAGAUUGGAAGAAAUAAGCGAUGAGUUAAGUGAGGAGAAUAUUAUGAAAGUAGUAAAUGAGUUGGGAUCUAAUGUUAAAAUAAGAUUUAGAAAAGUGGUUAGUGGUAGUAAACAUUGUUACAAUAUUAAUAAAUUAGUUCAAAUUUACCCAAACACAAGUGUUGCACAAGUGGAACCCCCAAAUACAACCGAUCAAGAUAAAUUCUCAAGAAUUAUAUUAAACGAUUCUAACAAUAUUGAUUCAAACACUAGCAAUAUUGUUGAUAAUGAUAAUAAUUCGGAAAUUAGUAGUAAAACUGUUGAUCUAAUAGAUAAUAAUGGUGAUAGGGUAGAAAGUAAUUUGAAUGGAAUAAAUUGUAGAAUAUAUUUGGGACAAAAACAAAUACAGAAUACUAAACUCAUUAUACAAAGAAAUAGAUGUAGUUGUCCGUACAAAAUGAAUCAAUGCAGUAUUGAAGAGUCUUUAAAAAGUAAAGACUGGAAUAAACAACUUUCACUUGUCUGUAAUAAUAAAAUGAGAUCAAUUCUCUUUCUAAAUCGUAACUCUUUCUACAGAUAUUCAUGUUUAUCAUUAAGUUAUAUAAAGGAAGAUUUUGAGUCAGUUAAAGAAUUGUGUAAUGAAGAUGAUGGAAUGACUUUUAUUAGCUGUUAUGGAGAAACUUCAUUACUUGAAGUUUAUCUGAUGGCUUCUUUUAUGGCAUUUCUUGGAAUCACUUCUUCAUGUAUAUUAUUAAUUUAUCUUCACAAAAUCAAACAUAUUUCAUUCUUCAACUAA